ACCGGCCCAUUCUCCCAGGUCGGCGGUCCACCUCUAAUAGAACGUUCCCUAAUGCGCCUUGUAUCUCCUUCUCCCAUUUUGCUCCAUCAACUCGGCCGCCACAAACGUCUCGACCGCCCUCCAUCUUCAGGGAGGCCAUUUGUCGAACUACUUUCGGGCAUGUAAGAAGUCGCAAUAUCCUCAUCCGGUCUCAUCAUGUAUCACUGCAACCUCGUCAAGACCCCGGCCGUCCCAUUGUUUUCAAGGGUCCCGAGAAGACCCAAAUGCUGGAAAUCUGCACAGAGCUUCGAUUCUCGAUCCUUUGCCGAUAGGUUUCUCCUUGAAGCACUCAAGAACAGCACCGAAUGGAACUCCCAAACCCCAGGAAGCGGUAACGGUAGAAGCUCUCGAUGUUUACGCGAAGGAUUUCAUCAGAAGACCUGGGAAAACACCAGUGGAAAGAAAGCAAGAAGCUUUUCCCGUGGGUUUCAUUUGCAGUCGCUGGAAAUUAUUGGUGGCAGGAGAACUAGGAUUUUCCCGAGUGGCUUUCGUCUGAAAACCCUGGAAUCCAGAAGCUUCUCGAAUGGACCUCACAUGAGAUCCCUAGAAAGAAUACGCGGAAUACAAACUAGGGUCUUCUCCAGUGGCUCCGAGCAGAGAGCUGUGGAUAGCAAGUCACUUCCUUGGUUAGCAGCCAAUGAAGACAAAGAACGAAAGUUGGUGGAGAAAAGGGCUUCCUUAAGAAGCAAUAGCUCCUCCUGGGAUCAUUCGGCGGAGAUCUAUUUUUCAAGAAAUAGUGGAAUGCCGAUGAAAGGGAACAGUGAGGAUACAGUUAGAAGUGAAGAGACCCUCCAAAGUAGCAGAAAUUUUGCUAACAAAGAAAAGUAUGAGGAUGUGGAGAAGGAAGAUGAUGAGCCUACUGAUGAUCCAAGAUGGGACAGGAUCAAGAAUGUGUAUACAGGAUUUGUUGAUCGAGAAUCUCGUAUUGAGAAACCAGAAGUUCGUCGGUGGAAUAAGCAGGAGAAAUGGGGAAGAAAGACAUGGAAAGAAGCCACCGAGUCAUCAGUUCCAAAAAUGGUUGGCCAAGGGGUUUAUGGGGUUGCUCCAGUUUUGGCGGCAUUGAUGGCAGCAAGAAGGGAAUUUUAUGCCCUCUAUGUUCAGGGAGGGUUGGACUUGAGCAAAAACAAUAAGAAGAAGAAGGACAAGAAAGCAGUGGAGAAGGUUUUGCAGAUAGCUGAAAAGAUAGGAUUGAAGGUUAUAGAAGCUUCUAAGCAUGAUCUGAAUAUGGUGGUGGACAACCGACCUCAUCAAGGUUUGGUUCUCGAUGCUUCUCCAUUGGAGAUGGUUAAUAUUAGGGAACUAGAGCCUGUAUCGGUGGAGGGUCAGAAAGCUCCUCUCUGGUUGGCUUUGGACGAGGUUACCGACCCUCAGAAUUUAGGAGCUAUUAUAAGGUCGGCAUAUUUUUUUGGAGCAGGAGGAGUGGUGUUGUGUGCAAAGAACUCAGCUCCUUUGAGUGGUGUAGUUAGCAAAGCCAGUGCAGGCUCCCUUGAAUUGAUCGAGCUGCUGUCUUGUAAGAACAUGAUGCAGUUCUUGUCAUCAUCAAUUGAGAAUGGUUGGAGGGUUCUUGGAGGAUCAGUUUCUUCAAGAGCUAUCCCAUUAAAUGAGGUUCAAGCUGGGGUGCCCACUAUACUUGUGCUGGGCAGUGAAGGCAGUGGGUUGAGACCUCUCGUGGAAAGGACGUGUACUGAGCUGAUUAGAAUUCCUGGAUUCAUGCCUGGAUGGGUUGGAACAACUGAAGUGGAUGCUCAGGAGAGUGUUCCGAUCAAUUCGGGGCAAGAUCUUAAGUCCUUUUAUGCUGUAGAGAGCUUGAAUGUAAGUGUGGCAGCUGGUGUGUUUCUAUACCAUUUGAAUGGGAAUAAUAGUCAUGUUGUAGGUGAGAAGCCAAAUGAUUCUUUUAUGUAAUCUGUUCAAGUUGUUUGUUCACCUUUAAUUAAAAGCACCUUAUUUUGUAUUUUCUUGCCAAUUAACCAUCUGCAUAUGAAGCUUCUGGUUCUGCA